CUUGCAAGAGACAUGCGCCACUUGCAACGUUGUUGUGCCCGUGUGUGCUUGUCAAGUCAACAACGCAGUAAGUAAGUUUGCGUUUAGCACGUAAAACCACUUCUUCGGUGGAAGCUGUACAUCCGACAGCGUAUAGAGAGCGCGAGGGGAGCGGCACCCAGCGGCUCCUCUUCCUGCUUCUGUCUCAGAGUGUGACGGGACAGCGUCGCGGUCAUGUAGUUGAGCUCAGAAGAAUGAGCGCUCCGACAGAUGGGACAGACGACUACGCUGUGCAGCAGGAAAACGAACUAGAAGCCCUCGCUUCCAUCUUUGGCGAUGACUUCCAAGAUCUGCGUAACAACGAUACGUGGAAGAUUAAAAGGCCUCCAGAGGUGCAUCUGUGCCUGCGGCCGAGUGGGCUGAACUAUGGGCAGGAGUGCUACGCGACUGUGGACCUGCAGGUCAAAUGUCUUCCCACAUAUCCCGACGUGCCCCCGGAGCUGGAGCUGAAGAACGCCAAAGGCCUGUCGAACGAGAACCUCCAGAACCUCCAGAGUGAGCUCACCAAGCUGGCAGCGGCGCGAUGUGGGGAGGUGAUGAUUUACGAGCUAGCGGACCACAUCCAGGGCUUCCUGAGCGAGCACAACAAGCCUCCACCACGCUCCUUCCACGAGGAGAUGCUGAAGAACCAGCAGAGGCAGCAGGAGAAACUAGCCCUGGAGGAGCAGCAGAGGAUGGACCAGCGGCGCAAGCAGGAGGAGGAGAUGGAAAAAGAAAUCAUGGCUGAAAUCCAAAGACGAGAGGAGGAGAAGCGAGAGGAGAAGAGGAGAAAGGAAAUGGCUAAACAGGAGCGGCUUGAGAACAUGGAGACGGUCUGUGUCUUAGGAAAGAGUCCACCCAGCCCGGACGGAGCUCCCCCUGAACUGACUGAAGCCAGGAAAGCAAUCAGUAACCGCCGUCGGACUACCUCAAACACGCGCCACCGACGUGACACAGUAAAUGAAGACAACCAUCGCUCUCAGGAGCUUCUCCACUUCAACAGCAGCGUUCAUGGUGAACUCGUGGUACACAGAGGGAAAAGUUUAGGUGUGAGCGAGCGGCUCGGCCGCAACGUCUAUUACGGGUUCGAGGCCAACUCCGGAGACUUUUCUGUGAUCUACGAGUGGUCGUCACGAUGGAACAAGAAAAUGGGCAAGUUCUUCACAAGCCAGGAGAAAGGAAAGAUCGAAAACUGUAAAAAGCAGAUCCACGGGGCAGAAAAUGAGUUCAACUCCCUCCUGCGGCUGGAUCACCCUAACUUGGUGCACUACAUGGGGCUGAACUCCGCCGAGAAGGAGGACUGCCUCGUGGUUAACCUGCUGGUGGAGCACGUGGCCGGGAUCAACCUAAACCAAAGCCUAACCUCCAACAACCCGGUCCCACUGGACAAACUCUGCCACUACACGGCCCAGCUGCUGGCAGCUCUCGACUACCUUCACUCCAACUCCGUGGUCCACAAACAGCUGGGGGCCUCCAGCGUGCUGGUGGACCCGGAGGGCAACAUUCGACUGACCGACUACAGCCUGUCGAAGAGAUUUGCGGACAUCUGCAAAGAAGACAUUUUCGAGCAGGCCCACGUGCGCUUCUCUGAGGACACGGUGAUGCCGACGAAAACCGGCAAGAAGGGCGACGUGUGGAGCUUGGGGCUGAUGCUGCUGGCUCUGAGUCAGGGGAAAGAAGUGAAGGAGUACCCAGUGACGGUGCCAGGCAGCCUGCCCGCCGACUUCCAGGAUUUCCUCCACAAGUGCGUGUGCCUGAAUGAUGCCGAGCGUUGGACGACCCAGCAGCUCUUGGAUCACUCUUUCCUCAAGCCUCCAUCGCCCAAAAACCUGCCUCAGUACCACGAUACCAGCCCAGAAGAUUUAGCCGUGGACUUUGCGUCGUCAGUAAUCCCCCAGAGCCACAUCCUCAACUCCCCCUUCAGCUCCGGGAUGCAGAGACAGUUUUCUCGCUACUUCACCGAGUUUGCGGAGCUGCAGCUUCUGGGAAAAGGAGCCUUUGGUGCCGUAAUUAAGGUCCAGAACAAACUGGACGGCUGUUACUACGCCGUGAAGCGCAUCCAGGUGAAUCCAGCCAGCAAGCAGUUCAGGCGCAUCAAAGGCGAGGUGACGCUGCUGUCGCGCCUCAACCACGAGAACAUUGUCCGCUACUACAACGCGUGGAUCGAGCGGCACGAGACCCCCUCCAUGGGAGCGCUGAGCAACACGGACAGCUCUGAGCCUCAGAGCACGGCUGACAAACCCCCCCAGUGCAAGGACGCCCCGCGGCGCCUCAAUGAGCUCGGCCUCCCCGACAACGUGGAGGACAUCGCUCCGCCGCCGGCCCUGUCCAGCUCCGUGGAGUGGUCCACCUCCAUCGAGAGGUCCUCCAGCGCCAAGUGCAGCGGACACCAGUCGAGUGACGACGAGGAUGACGACGAUGAAGACGAAGAUGUGUUCGGUGCUUCUUUUUUACCGUCAGAUAGCGACUCCGUCAGUGACAUCAUCUUCGACAAUGGCGACGACAGCACGGAGGAGAUGUCGCAGGUUGAGCCGAGCAAAAGGCCGCUGACCGACACGACGGAGAGCACGGACUCCGAGCAUCCCAAAAUAGCACAUUACUUGUACAUACAAAUGGAAUACUGUGAGAAGAGCACUUUAAGGGACACGAUAGAUCACGGCCUGCACCAGGACCAGAAUCGCUUAUGGAGGCUGUUCAGGGAGAUACUGGACGGGCUCGCUUACAUCCACGAGCAGGGCAUGAUUCACAGGGACUUGAAGCCCGUCAACAUUUUCCUCGACUCUCAGGACCACGUGAAAAUCGGGGACUUCGGCCUGGCCACAGAUCAUCCCGCUAACGUGGCUGCGGGUAAAUUCGAGCUAGAGGAGGGCGGCUCUGCAGUAAUGCUGAAACCAGACCCAACAGGUAACAUGACUGGCAUGGUUGGCACUGCCCUGUAUGUCAGCCCGGAGGUCCAAGGAACUACCAAAGCCAGCUACAAUCAAAAAGUCGACCUGUUCAGCCUGGGCAUCAUCCUCUUUGAGAUGUCCUACCGGCCGAUGACCACGGGCGCUGAACGCAUCUCCGUCCUGAGCCAGCUGAGAAUGGAACCCAUCAACUUCCCCGAGGACUUCACUGUGCACGGGAAAGGGACACAGACGAAGGUGAUCGAGUGGUUGCUGAAUCACGACCCGGCCCUCCGUCCCACCGCGCAGGAGCUGCUGAAGAGCGAGCUCCUGCCGCCGCCUCAGAUGGAGGAGUCGGAGCUGCACGAGGUGCUGCAGCACACCAUGGCCAACAUCAACGGCAAGGCGUACCGCACCAUGGUGGGCCAGCUGUUCGCACAGAACACAUCACCAGUCAUGGAUUACACUUAUGACAUAGACCUGUACAAGGGCAGCUUCAGCUUCAGCAGCGCCAAAUUACAGCAGCAUGUGUACGAAACGAUCACCAGGAUCUUUAAGAAGCAUGGUGCGGUGCGUCUCCAGACCCCGCUGCUCCUCCCCAGAAACAGGAAGUUGUACGAAGGCAGCGAGCUGACCUGCUUCAUGGACCACAGCGGAAUGCUGGUUACUCUGCCCCACGACCUUCGCAUGGCGUUCGCACGAUUCGUUGCCCGCAAUAAUAUAACUCACCUGAAGAGGUAUAGCAUUGAACGCGUGUUCCGCCCCAGGAAGCUGGAUCGCUCCCACCCGAGGGAGCUUCUGGAGUGUGCCUUCGACAUCAUCACGCCCGUCACCAGCAGCCUGCUCCCCGACGCCGAGACCAUUUACACCAUCUCUGAAAUAGUCCAGGAAUUCCCCGUGCUGCAGGAAAGGAACUACAACAUCUACCUAAACCACACCAGCCUGCUGAAGGCCAUCCUGCUCCACAGCGGCAUCCCCGAGGACAAGCUGAGCCAGGCCUCCAACAUACUCUGCGAUUCCAUGAGUGAAAAGCUGACCAGACGUGAGGUGGAGGCGAAGUUCUGCAACUUUUCACUGUCGACCAACAGCUUGCAGACACUGUACAGGUACAUAGAGCUGAAGGGGGAUCUGCCAGAGCUGUUACCGCAGCUGACACCACUCACCAAACAGAAGACGGCCGUCAGCCAGCUGGCCAAGCAGGGGCUCAAGGAUCUGGAGGAGAUCACUGUUCUCCUGCACAGACUGGGAGUCAAACUGAAGGUGGUGGUAAAUUUCGGCUUAGUGUACAAGGUGCAGCACCACUCGGGCGUCAUCUUCCAGUUUGUUGCUUUCGUCAGGAGACGCAAGCGAACUGUACCAGAAAUAGUGGCUGCCGGAGGACGCUACGACCACCUGAUCUCUGAGUUUCGAGGGCCGUCUGGCUCGGUGCCUGUACGCAGCGCGGUGGGGGCCAGCGUGGCGCUGGACAAAGUGUGCGCUCUCAUCGCCAGCAUGGAGGAGCCGCCCCCAGUGAGCUCCUGCGAUGCGUUGGUGAUCGCGGUGGGCCAUUCUAUGAUGCCCCGAGCCGUCAGUGUUGUCCAGAAGCUGUGGAGCACCGGCAUCUCUGCGGACAUCGCCUACGACGUCUCACAGUCUCAGGAGGCGUUGUUGGAGCAGUGCAGGCUAACCGGCAUCACAUGCAUGGUUCUUGUCUCUGACAAAGAGGGCAACUAUGUGAAGGUGAAAUCCUUUGAGAAGGACAGACAAUCAGAGAAACGGAUUCCAGAGUCGGACUUGGUGGACCACAUCAUCCAGAAGUGUCGGACCAAAUUCUUUGACGAGAGAAACAUCAGAGAAAUCUCAGAAGGUAUGACUCUUCAGAACCCCAAAGGAUCCAUGCUCAAUAGCACAGGCUCCUCGGAGCAGCACGGAAGCAGCGGUACUUCGAACAUGAAUGUGAACGUCAUCAGCCCGGAGAAGGUUUCUGCAAGUACCAGGCGACGCUACGAGACUCAGAUCCAAACCAGAUUACAGAACCUUGGUAGCAAUUUGCAGAAUAAGAGCAAUGACAUUGAGGUUCUGGCAGUGGACCUGCAGAAGGAAACACUGAUCAACUUCCUGUCUCUGGAGUUUGAGAGUGAAGAUCAGUUUAACAGCAGCGUGAAGACUCUGCUGUCUCGCCUCCCCAAGCAACGCUACCUGAAGUCCAUCUGCGAUGAGAUCCAUCAUUUUAAGAUUCAAAAAAGGGUGGCUGUGGUGGUCCUGUACAGCUAUAAGGAUGACUACUACAAGAUCCUUCUGUGAAAACUAAGGGAUUCCUUUGGCCUUGGAGAUAUUCCACUUUGCUUGAGGCUCAGUAGACUCCAAGAGACUGUUAAGAUCCUUGGAUAUACAGAAUGGACUCAGACAUGGACACAUGAGCCCCAAAGACAGUGUGACAAAGUGAUUAUUUUUUACCAUGUAGAACGUUAAAGGUAAGACAACUAUUACAGACGAACAAUUUUUCCAAAACCUCUCAGUGUUUUGUCUUCAUCUGAUGUAAAUAGCCUUAAUCAUGCUAUAGAAUCUGAAAGAGAAAGGGCUUUUUGAUGAGGAUUAUGUAUGAGUAUUGCGUUUCAAAUUAGCUACUGGAUGGAUAGAUCCAAUAAAUAAAUCUUUUUUCCACAUGUUUUGACUGUUUGUGUGUACAUGGAAAAAUAGACAACUAUAUUCAGCCUGAAGAUGCAAUUGAUUGCCCAAAAUGAACAUGACUUCUUACCUCAUAAGCUACUCCUUUCUGUUGAUAUUCAACAAUUCUGUUAUUGCUUAGUUGAUUGGGGAGUUAGGAAAAUAUCACAAGUGAAGGAGCACAGCUUUUGAAAGCUUUGUUUUGCAGAGUUUGACAUUUUCACGGCCUGGGAAACUGACCCCGCUGAUUUCUUUAUUGAUCCUUCCGGAGAAGCUUCAUCACCUUGAAGUUUAUGAGCGAGCUUUACCGGACGAGUCAAAACAACAGCGCAGUCUGCACCCUGGAUUAUCCAGGUUUCCAGGUCUGGCCUGCGUGUCUUUGUGUUUUCCGGUGUUUUAUUAGCCUGUUGGAUAGACGAGAGGUCUUCUUGCUUUUUGCUGGUACUCAGAUCUUGGGAGCCCUCGCCUCCACCCCCCGGAAACAACCCACCUCCACUAAACACAUCUGCAUGCGCUUCCAAGACAAGAGUGCAACUGUAGUAGGCAAGAGAAAAGGAUCUCAUUUAAAAGAACUAGAAAAAGACAAAUUCACAUUUGUAGCCAAAGUCCAGGACCAGAUGUGGAAACCACUAACCGAUCCCAUGUUGGAUCUUAGACGACAUCGCUGCAGUUUCCUUAAGUAUUAUCACUUCAGCCAACAAUUGGUUCACACAUUUAUUUUUCAAAAUAAGUGUAAAUGUUACAGUUCAUCAUCUAGGAAACAUAUUUACAAGAUUUGCAACAGUGAAAUAAAUAAGGUUGUAUAGAAUAUAGCGGAUAGGUACGGUAACUGGUCUACAAUGUACAGCAGCUUUGGCUACUAAAAGUUCCUUUUCAAAAAAAAAAAGACAAAAAAUUUCAAACUAUAGUUUAGUAAUAAUAAAUAAAGCUAUGUGAAAAAAUAAAUAAGGUACUCUUCUGUCCUACUCAUUUAAACUACUUUUUUUCUUUUUCUUUUCUUUUUUUUUAUACAUAGAAGAACAAAGAAUUGCGGGAGCUUUUACAGUCACCUCUUCAUUUUAAAGCACAUAAUCAUGCUUUCAACAGGUAAAAACUAAUGAUUUACUUUAACACUUCAAUAGAAAUUGGUCUCAAACCAAUUUUGGCAUCAAAAUCAUCUUGGUAUUAAGAUACUGGCAAUGGACUUAAAACCUCUGAUCUAAAACCUCCAAAUCCUUGUAUUUUUUUUUAAUGCGUCUCAGAUUCCGCCCUUUACCCGAACUGAUCGGACUCGUACGGAGACUCUCGCUGCACCGGCGGGUUCACUUGAGUGGUUUAACAUCUCUGUGUGCUUAAUAUGCCUAUCAAAUCCCUGAUUAGGGCCUUUAUCCCUCCAAGAAUCCCGCAGGGUGCUUUCUAAAACACUGGCUCCAAAGAAAAGUGCUACGUCUUUUUAACACCCUCUGAUGUUGUAAGGUGUACCAUUCUCCACAGAUGCAAGCAAGCUCUCCUUAAAGCGCUUAUCUCAACACAUCACAUAAUACGCUUUCUUUUCUUCUUUUUUUUUACGAAGAGCUGAUGAGAGCCGUAACUGAGCAACACAGUCCGUUAAUCUUAAUAACAGGUGAAUAAAUGACAGGGGUUUUCUUUGUAUGGAUGGUAACUGUUUUAAACAAAAAAAAAAAAAACAAGAUCUCAACAUUGAGAAUGUGUUAAGGCCAUCGAGUUAAGGCUUUAAAAAAAAGAUUACCUAUUACUACUGGUAUGUGUGAACAGUAGCUCCACACACACACACAUACACACAUGGAGCUGUGAAUGAAGUUAUCAAGUGAGGCAUGGUAUCAAAGACAUUCUUUAUAGGCGCAGAUGAAGCAUCUGGCACCAUUUAGUCUCCUCUGCUUUCAAUAAAAUGACAUUCUACCUGGAUGAACAUCACUCCAUUUCUUCUCUGAAGUGAAGGAAUUACGACAGAAUGAAAGAGCUAAAAUCGGAUUAGGCUGAGGGUUGUGUGGGGGGAGGGGGGAGAAGACGGUGGCUGCCGGCUACUGUGUUGUAGACACGUUUGUAGAAAUGUGGUUUGUUCGCAAGGAUUUUUGAAUGGAAUGACUCGGGUCAUUUGAACGUUGAGAGAGGGGAA